AUGUCUACGCCUUCGCCCUCUGGGGCCCCCAAACCACCGCCGCCGGCUAUAAUACCGGUUACUCCUCUACCGGACUCUAUUUUCGUCCUACCCCCGCCCUCUACAACGGCGCAGUCGGCUAAGAGAGCCCGGAUUGCGGACGAGGAAGCCCGUUACGCUUAUAAUACCACCGCCUCCCUUACUGCUCCCGGCCCUAUUACGUCCUUCGCCGAGACCGUUAUUUCUAAAGCUUUCGCUAAAGCGGAAAUUUACCGCUCCUUUACCGCUACCCUCAAUAUUAAAUUCGCUCGCUUCUCCGUCGUCUCGCCCGCUUACAAAAGUUCUACUCCGCCUCCCUCGCCUACCCCGGAUCCUACUGCUCUAGUAGGCAAAAAUAUCUCUACUUCCCCUAUUAGAAAGGGAAAGGGGCCUAUUGCCUUCGCUAAAACUGCCGCCCGCGGUACGGAUUCUACCUCUACUUCCCGCUCCGCUUCUAACUCCUACUCCAACCUUACCCGUAAGGCUACCGUACCCUAA